AAUUUUUUUGCUACAUCAACCUGAAGGGCUAUUAUCCGCCAAACAUGAACAAAAAGUACAAAAUAUACAGUAUACAAGAGGUAAUUUAACUAUGCUUAACUAUAAUUGGGCCUACAUGAAAAAAGCGGUUUUAAUGUCGGAAGGAGAGGAUAUGGCAGGAUCGAGAGCGAGGUGGCAAUAAAGGCACACAGCAAUGGCAAAAAAGAAGUCGAGAAUUUUGUGCAUGGAAGGGCAGGAAAGCAGAAUGUUGAGAAUUUUGUAACGUGAUGGAGGACGAUCGUCGAGGUAGAAAAAAACGAAUGUAAAGAAUGGUUAGGUACAAUAUUUGUGGCACGAGUCGAAUGGAACAGUGCCGAAGGAAGUCCCUAUGGAGAUGUAGUUAUAAAAAAAAAGAGUGGGAUCAAUAAUUUUGUGAACAAGAAAAAUGAUAAAACGUCCAAAACCAGGAGAGAAUGAAGACGACCUCUUAAAACUUCAGGAAGAAUUCUUAAAGAACAAAGUGAACCCAUCAGUCACUGUUUUCAAAGCUGGUGACAAACGCAAGGCAGAGGGCAGCAGACAGAUUGACAGUGUUCCAGAGAAACAUGGAAAGGUCAAGCGUGAUGUUGUACAAAUGUCAGCGGGAUUAUCAGGUAUGGUGCCACCAAGGGUCAGUCAGGCUCAGAAAAAGAAAUCCAGGUUCAAAGAGGAAAGGUCUAAAAUGCCAGACAGAAGAUCUGAACGGAUUAUAAUUGACCUGGAUGGCGAUCAAGAUCCUCAUGAAGCCAUGGACGCUCAAGAUUCAGAUCUCCGAAGUGUAUUGACACAGAUAAUGGAACGUGAUGUCAGGAAUGUGCCAGUAUAUCUUCCAAGCUCAACAACUCAAGGAUUUCCUACUGUACUACAUAGAGGGCAUUCGUCAUCCACUGCUACAUUGGGGAAAAAGAAAAGUCUGUUUGCUCAACAGGUUGAAUCAUGCAAGCCAUCAAGUUUUGGUGUGUCAGUAGCCUUUCCACCUGUCACUGUGAUGACACUUCCACAGCAAAGUGCAGCUGUUGAUGAAAGUCGUAACAGGAAUGAGUCUAGUAGCUCAAGUUCAACAUCAAGAUCAAACAUUGUGUCGGGAGAAGGAUUGCAAAGUAAGCCCGGCAAAAAUGAAUCAUCUGCAAUUCAUAAAGAAAAUGUAAAGAAAAUAGAAUCCAUGUCGGAGGAAAUCUUAGAGGAACAAAAGAAACUUCUGAGCACGCUUGACCCAAAUAUAGUUAAAUUUUUGCAGUCUAAGAAAGGCCUUCCACAAAGUGGUGCUGCAGUGCCCAUGGAGACAAAUCAAGAAAACAUCAGGGAGCAUAUAGAGUUAUCAACUGAAGACAAGGAUAAAACAAUUCCAUCGAAUAAACUUCUGGAAGAGGAAAAUGAUGUGGAAGCAAGUAAGCCGAUUGAGGUGAAGGAGGAGUGGGUUAACAUGGCUGAGGUUGAGACGGAGAAACUGGCUUGGCUGAAGGAUCUCCCCAAACCAAAGGCUAAAAGUAAAGAAGGAUGCUUAGCUCGCUUUGAUUUCAACGGUCGCUUGUUAGCUAGGGAUGCUGAUGUACCAGUUAGGGAAGGACUCCACCAUCAUGGUGAUGAACAAGAGGUAGCAGGUUACACAAUAGAGGAGUUAUUCAUGUUAUCAAGGAGCACGGUACAAAGCCAGCGAGUGAUUGGCCUUCAGACACUUGCUCGAAUUGUAUACAGUUACAGAAUUGAUGACAUUGGUGGGGAACUUCAGAAACCAUUAAUUCCAAUGCUGCUAGAAUCCGGGUUUAUCUUCCUAGUUCGGUGGGCUUUGGAUGACAGUUCAGAAGUUGUUAUUGGAGCAGCCGUGGAGGCUUUGGCAUCAUUCCUGAUAAAUCCCGGAGAUGAGGAAACUCUUGAUAACAUAUAUUUCUGGUCCCAUGGUUGUGAAGUGCCUUGCUUGGUACCAACUGAGGCUGAGGAAGAGAAUGAUGAAGACGAUGAGGAGGAUCAAGUUGGAAAUAAACCUGAAGAUGCAUCAGGAAAACCAGAUAAACCAGAUGCAGAAGUAGUGAAUAAGGAUGUUGUUAUGGGUUUACUAAAGAUGAAUGUGUUACCAAGAUUACGAUACAUCCUUGAAGUUGUCCGUCCACCUGCAGCUGUAGUUCUUAACGUGUUGACAGUGCUCAUAAGAAUGGCCCGCCACUCGCCACAAACAGCAAACGAAAUCUACAAGUGCCCUCGCUUGAUUGACACAGUUGUAACAUUGUUUAUGCCAACUACUUCCUGGGUCAAGCAAGGUGAUCUUGUGACUGAUGUUUAUAACUAUCCAGUAAUCCCAGCUGUCAAAUUACUGCGUGUUCUCUGCCUUACGGGAAGAAACCUCGCAGCCUCAUUGCUUUCCAAGUAUUCUCUGGUUAGUGUUAUAAUUCGCUACAUCUCUGUGGAGCCAACAGAUAUGCAGAUGAACAUUGGUGAAGCAUAUAAUCUGAGUAUUGAGACUUUUAGGCUGUGGCAUGUUCUGAUUAGCUAUGGUUUGUCAUGUGAUGCAUUCAGGGAACUCUAUCCAUUGUUCAUGCAGCAGUUGCAGCUUUUCCAAAGACUCUCGGUACUUCCCCUGUCUGUUACAGAGGAGCCAGCGACGGUAUCUGCCCAUCACUUACAGCUUCUGAGAGCUAGUGCAAUAUUUUGUGUAUUAGAGGCGACAGUGAAUGCUGCAGGCACAACAGCCCAUCUGCAAUCUCAACUUAACAGGAGCCACACCAGGCCCACAGAUGAACCAGUUCUUGACCAGGUUGCCCCACCACCGAUCAACUGGAGUCAUGUAACGGGGCUGCUAGGCCCGGUUGAACUGUGUUUUCAGAAGUGGAUGGCAGAGAUGUCCAGGGCUGAGCUAAAUCUAGAGAGGGAAGCUAUGACACUAGCAGGUUGCUGUAUAAAUUUCUUGACAUCUUUUUAUGGGAAAUUAACAAUGCAGACAUCCCAUAAUGCAGUAGAAUGUUUGGAACAUUUGGAAGUACUUAUAACUGGAUCACUCAUUCCAUUGAUGACAUCAUCAGCGUUUUAUUCAUUCAUGUUGAACCUUAGAAAUCAUUCAUCUUGUAAUUUUAAGCAGUGCAAGUCAAAAUCAUCACAUCAACUGCCGGACUUUGGUUGUCACAUGGAUAAUGAUCAGGUGCUUCACCCGUGCAUACAGAGGCAGUCUACCGUUGGAAUUAUGGGUAGUCUAUUCAAACUCACAACAACAAUCUUGAGGAUACACAAAGGCAUGACUGGAAAGUUUUGUGCAAUUGUUGAAAGCAAUCAUGUGAUUGGCUACUUGGAAAAGGUCACCAAGAAGAGGUUAACAACUUCAAGUCGUCCCGCAUCUUGGUUUUCUAGAUUUGAGCAUCAUGUCUUGUUUCUGUUACUAAAAUUGUAUUAUUUGGUGGCUCAGCAAAGUGACAGCUGCCACCAACAUAGCAACCUGUACCACAGCAUAGCAUUAGUCUUGUUUACCAGCCUGCAUGCAGGGGAUGAGCACCUGGCUCAUGAACUUCUCUCCACCAUGCUCUUCCAUACAGAUUUCAUAAUUGAAGGAAAGGUUGGUGAUCCUAUAGCAGCAGAUCUAGCUGACUUUCUCACCACAUCCAACACCACUCGCCAGCAAUCCGUUUCUAAGAAUGUUGGAUUGGAGAGCCAGCCUGAAGUGAGUAGGGGAGAGCUCUUGCAAGACGCCUACGGCAGCCUAGCCACUAUACGAUCUACCUAUAUGGUGUUCUUUGCUAGGCUUGAACAAGAUGUACUUGCUUCCAGGGCAAGAGCUAACCACAUCCCACAUGAGAUCCAGAAUUUUGUGCUACCAGCUCACACUGGACAACUGGCACCUACUGAUUGGAUGUUCAUGCCUCUACUUCACCUAUAUUCAGAAACACAAACUGCUGAAAUGUUGGGAAAAUCAGUUCAGUCGUUCCCCACUCACAUCACCAAUACUGUCAUUAAUUCUCUUCGCUGGAUUUUCAUAAUGGAAACAUGGCGAGGAGAAAGUUUAAAAGUGGUACCACUUGCUGCCAAGAUGACCCGCCUCUUCUGCUUAUUCCUAACAGGUAAUGAUCUAUUCUUUGAAGACCAGGUGAGGUCAUACCUGACUCAAUUGAUGAGAAUGUACACUAGUCCCUCCUGGGAGCAACAAUUAGACUUUAAUAUUCCAAUACCUGGUGUAGCUUCAUUUCCAGACUUGUAUAUUUCAAUGCUGACCCAAUUUGCAGCCGUGUCAUUUGGGGACCAUCUUUUUGGUCAUGCCAUUCUCCUACCCCUGCAACAGCGGUUUAGCUCACAACUAAGGAGAGCUGUUUGGAGUGAGCAUGCAGGGGUGUUAAGGUCUCUAUCCAUUCCUGUCAGCAAGUUCUUGAUACCUCUAGAGGGUUUCCUCCACCCUAUAGAAACAAACCAAGAACUUCUGAGCAUGUAUUUGUCAGGCCUAUCAACUGGAAUAGUGAAACAGACAUGGUGUCCUGUACUUUACCUCAUUGCUACUCACCACCUUGCUAAUUAUGUGUUCAACGACUACAAGGGAAAUGAUAACAAAGAAGUUGUCACCAAUUUUAAGAAAAAAAUUAUUCAUCGUGUUAUGAAUAUGAAAGACCAGACUUUACAGAAUCAUAUUCUACUCUACAAGUGUGUUAACAAGAUGUCACCUCUUGGAUUUGACAUUUAUGCUGAGCUGCCAUUACCGAGGUCACAACUUCUUCAGACACUUCAGAGGUAGCAGUUGAAUCCUACAUCGAAGAAGUAGCUUGUAGGCUGAAGGUGUGUCCCUAUAUGUUUUUCCACCUUGGUUUAUUUAUAAUAUAUAGAGUUUAAGGUAUGUUUCUACUGAUAAUUAUGAUAGAAAUGGUGUGCUUAUCAUUGAUUGAUGAUGGGCUAACCAUGGAAAGGAACACAUCGCAACUGUAUUUUGAUUUCAUUUGGAACAUAGGUUAACAAUCGCUUACCAAAAUAAAGACUGCAUUGCAAUUGCAUUUCGAUACGUCAUGGAACAUUGCUUAAAGUGAUCGGAUUACCAAGAUAAAGACUGUCUCAACUUUUUUCAAUAUCGCAAGGAAUGUUAGUUUUAAAUCGGAUUUCCAAGAUAAGGACUGCGUCGUAACUGCAUUUUGAUUCCAUGUGAAACAGUUUCUGGUGGUUGAUACUCUACAUACAUGAUGUCAUCGUUGCUCAGAAUGUUAUUUGGAAAGUUCAAAUUGACUUUUAAAGCUUUAUUGCACCAAAUUUUAGCACGACGAGCAAGAAGCAACAAUUUAUUCUCGCUUCAGUCCUUUUCUACCAUUUCACAAGCACUUGUCAUAGCCGUAACCUGAUUAAGUUGACAGAUGAAAUUUGCUACAGAGAACAGUUUUUAGCAUUCAAGGUACUGUAUUGAUUCUGUGCCAAAAAGCCAUUCUUUAAAUAUGCCAAGAACAACAGUUUUUUAGUGGGCUCCUUUUCUUCUGCCGCAAAAAGCCAUGUUUAAAAAAAAAUGGUUCUUAAGAAUGGUUAUACAUUUUCUGUAGAAACAAACAAUUGUUUACCUGUGUGUUGACAUAAGGAAGAACGAUAAUAUCAUUUUGAAUGAGAAGUAUAUAGUUUGCAACCUCCCAGUACCUUCAAGAUGCAAACUCACAGCUCGCAUGGCUGCACAUUGUUACUCACUGCUUGCCUGCUAUUCGUAGCUAUGUAUUCCACACUUAAUGCACUCUUUUGGCCGCCAUCAAUGACAAUGUUAAAAGAAGCAUUCAGCAUGGCUUCAGGUAACUUGUUCCCUGCAAAGUUUUCAUUAGAUAGUUGCUUCAAUUCAAUUCAUGUCAAUGUUUGUUCAGCUACAAAGGACAGUAGUAGUAACAAAUGUAGCAUUCAAAAGCUUUUUUUUUUUUGUUAUGUGUCAUUUUGAUUUAAACAUGGUCACGAGAGAUUUUUUUUAAUGGCCUACUGAAGAAUAAGAUUGGGUAUAGCAGUGUUGAGAAGCUCUAUGGAGCUUGAGCAAUGUUUGUGGAUAUUUGGAGCAGUGAGGAGAGAAGAGUGGUUUUAAUAGCGUAAUGGAGCUCUAUAAUUAAUAUUAUAUUAUAUUAAUAUAAUAAGGAAUUUUCUUAACUAAUGUAUUCCAUUCUAAAAUUUUCCCAUUAGUUAGUGCUAUGUCUAUACAGAUCACAUUUAAGUUGAUGAAACAACAAUAUCUGGUCUCCAUUACAUCAUAGUACAGAUAUGUGGUUAAAGAGAUAUAGUCAAGAGAAAUUUAUUGGCUCAAAGAGGAAAUUUGUUGUUGCCAAAGCUCAUAAUAUUAAAAUAUCAUAUUCAGACAUGAAAUUGAAGCAUCAAAAGCUUAAAGGAUCCACUAACCGAUCCAACUAUUUACUGAACCAAACCAACUGCCUUUAUAUUACCACUGUAGUUAUUGCUCAGUGUUGCAACCAGGCUGUAAGUGUCUUUUGUAGGCAUCACUUUUCAAUCAUCUAGUCUUUCUUUGUCUCAGCUCAAGUGGUAUUAACUUCUGUAGCUCUACCAAUUCUGAAUGAGUGUAUUGUAUCAUAUAUGAUCUAGUCUUGUCAUGUAGUGCAGUUUUUUUGGGAACAUGGCUUAGGGAUUGCUUUUAAGAAUCACAGUGGCUAUGUUUAUGACAAGCCGCGGUAAGGGCCGAUUUCCUCGUAAAUUUUGCGUAAAAUUGUGUUAUAUUACCAACAUAUACAUACACAUGGCAAUUACAUUUCUCUGCGCCUAAUCUUCUUGAGAUUAGCGUAAUUUUGACGCAAAGUCAACAGAAGAGUAUUACAAUGCUUGGUUGAAAGUCUUUUAGGAGCUCUUUUAUUCGCGCAUGUAUUUGCCCUUUUCUACUAUUUCUUAUAUUCACUUGUAUAUUUGAAGUGUACCCUCAGGCUCCAUUGAGCCACAAAAAAUCUUAAACCUUAAACGAGUAAUAGGAUAUUUAUUAUAAAACACUUGCUUAGAUAUUACUUUAGUAAACACAGUGUCCACUUCAAUGUUCCAAGCCUUGGCCAUUUACUUCUACUGUUAUCAAUAUUGGUUUCAUUUAGCAUUUAUGGCAUACAUGGUCAUUACAUCACAUUCACUAUCAUCUUAUUGAUCACUUGUCUCCUUAGUGUUCGCUUUAGGUAUUCCACCUGCCUUGUACUGAUAUACCAUUUUAAUGUGUCCUUUGAAACCAGAAAUUGUUUGGUUUAUUCAAUUUACUACCACAACAAAAACAUCCUACACUUGCUGCUGGCCUAGGGAAUUUGGAUUGGCUUUACUCCUUAAAAAAUUGUCUUUUUGUCUUUCCACUUGUCCUGGGUGAGUAGAAAACAUUAAAUGAAGUUAUUCUGGUAUAUAUUUUGGAAUAUAAUUUACAUUAACAAUCUUCUCUUUUCUACAUUAGGAUGUGCACUGA